CUGACUUCUGUGUUCUGUGUCAGUUCUGUGGAAGGAAAUCAAAAUCCAAAAAAUUCUGGAUAAUAUAAAUAUAAAUUAUACAUUUUUGGAGAAGAUAUUUUGGGAUUUUGCGAAUUGAAAGUAUUAAAACAUCCAUACAGAAAACUUCGUUGAUACGUCUGAAAAUAGAAGUAGAUUUUCUAGUUGCUUAGGACAGGAGGAUGAAAUAAAGCAUAUUGAACAAUGGGGAAUACAGUUUCCGCUGCAGAAAUUGCCGCAUCACAAAUAAUACAUCCAAAUGAACCUAGACACACUCAGCACAAGCAUCCUGAUAUCCAUGAUUAUCAUGGAGAAAUACCACCAGAGUGUCCUAUGCACAAUAAAGCCAAAUCUGAUGAAUUAAAUCCUCUGAACAUGAUGGGUCCUGCUAAUCAAAGUCCUGCACCAGGACAACCAUUCCCACUGUCAACUAACAGACAGGUUUCCACAAUUCCUAAGGCAAUUGUAAAAGAAGGAGAAGGCCCAUUCUGGGUGUAUCCAAGCCCUCAGAUGUUCUGGAAUGCUAUGCUGAAAAAAGGCUGGAGAUGGAAAGAUGAUGAUCUCAAUCAGAAAGACAUGGAUCACAUCAUAAGUAUUCAUAAUGCAAAUAAUGAACAGGCAUGGCAAGAAGUAUUGAAAUGGGAGGCAUUACAUGCACAUGAGUGUAAAGAUCCUAGAUUGAAAAGUUUUGGUGGUAAGGCAGCAGACUAUAGCCCUAGAGCUAGAAUGCGACAAUUGAUGGGCUAUGAAUUACCUUUUGACAGACACGAUUGGAUAGUAGACAGGUGUGGAAAAGAAGUUCGCUACAUCAUUGAUUAUUAUGAUGGAGGCUCAGUGGAUGAUAAAUAUAAAUUCGCCCUUUUGGAUGUGAGGCCUGCCAUGGAUAGUCCUGAGAAUGUUUGGGACAGAAUGAAAGUUUGCUGGUGGCGAUGGUUCUACAGUGAUGAAUGAUUUGGAAGCAAGUUGAUUUGGAGAACUAAAGAUGAGAAGUAAGAGUCUUCAUAGUGAAAAUAUGUAUUUGGUUUGUCACUUGAUACUGAGGUCAACUUUGAAUGUUGGUUUUGAAAUUUUGUAUGCAAAUAAACAAACUUGUUGGUUAUAGUUUACCCCAUUUAAGGAUAUUGUUCCAAAGUUCCAACACAUUCACAUAUUUCUGUGUAUGUAAUAGCUGAUGCAUAUAAUUAUAAUAUACCAUCUUUUUCAUGAUUUGUAUAUUUCUCCAAAAUUAUAUGAAAUAUAGCAAAAUGGCUGAA